AUGCGCGCUCCCUCUGAACCCCGGAUUGCAGCGGGCAAUGGCGAUGGCGAGAAGCAGCACACCACAAGUGCAACUGCGUCUGCCUCCGGCGAUGUAGAAACCGCAGAUCCACCGCAGAAGAAAGCGAAGUUCACCCUCAAUCCUCUGCGAUUGCAGAAAAUCCCCCCGGUGCCUGAGGAGCGCACUCCUUCUCGUGAACAUGGCGCUUCAUUUCUCAGCCUGCUCUUUUUCCAAUGGAUGUCACCGUUGAUGAACGUCGGCUAUCUACGAACCCUCGAGCUGCAAGACAUCUGGACCGUGAACCCCGAUCGGGAGGCGGAGCGACUGUCCAAACGCUUCGAAGAUGCCCUGGACCGGAGGACAAUCGCUGGGUCGAAGCACCCGCUGCUCUGGGCCCUGUACGACACCUUCCGCUUCGAGUUCAUCCUCGGCGGCGUCUGCCGUCUGCUCGCCUCGCUGCUCACGGUCUUCACGCCCUAUGUAACUCGCUAUCUGAUUUCAUUCGCAACUGAUGCGUAUGUCGCACAACAUUCCGGGCAGCCUGCGCCGCAUAUCGGUCGCGGUAUCGGUUUCGUCAUUGGCAUCACCGUCAUGCAAGCCCUGCAGAAUUUAACCACCAACCAUUUUUUCUAUCGCGGCCAGAUUGUCGGCGGCCAGAUCCGCGCCGUUCUCAUUAUCCAGAUCUUCAAUAAGGCUAUGAAAAUCUCGGGUCGGGCCAGGGCCGGCGGUGCCCAGUCGCCAGAGGAACUAGAAAAGGUCAAGCAGCUGACUGCCGCCAAAGAUCAAGCGCUGAAACAACCUGGCGCACGUCCAUCGGAUGGAAAGGGCUGGGGAAACGGCCGCAUCGUUUCGAUGAUGAGUAUCGAUGUCGAUCGCAUUAACCUGGCUUGCGGAAUGUUCCACAUGGUUUGGGCGUCCCCGAUCGCUAUCCUCGUCACCCUUGUUCUGCUCCUGGUCAAUCUUGGCUACAGCUCUCUCGCAGGAUAUGCGCUGAUAGUCAUCGGGAUCCCAUUGCUUACCUACGCCGCGCGCUUUCUGUUCAAGCGACGGCGAGGCAUCAACAAGCUGACCGACCAGCGUGUCUCCCUAACGCAGGAAAUCCUCCAGAGCGUGCGAUUCGUCAAGUUCUUUGGCUGGGAGAGCAGCUUCCUGGAUCGACUAAAGCAGAUUCGUCGACGGGAGAUCCGGUCUGUCCAAACCCUGCUCGCCGUGCGCAACGGCAUGCUGUGUAUUUCCAUGGCAAUUCCUGUCUUUGCCUCCAUGCUGGCAUUCAUCACCUAUGCCUUGUCGAACCAUAAUCUGGAUCCCGCCCCGAUCUUUUCGUCUUUGGCGCUGUUCAAUUCGCUCCGACUACCACUCAAUCUGCUCCCUAUGGUUAUUGGUCAGAUCACCGAUGCUUGGACAGCCCUGAACCGCAUCCAGGAGUUCAUCAGGGCGGAAGAGGAAAAGGAGGAUAUUCAGCGGGAUGCGAACAUGCCCGAAGCUGUUAAAAUGGAUGGUGCCUCUUUCACUUGGGAGCGCAUGGUCGCAGACAAGGAAGCCGAGCAGGCGGAAAAGAAGACCGACCCAGAGAAACAGAAGCAAGAACUCGCUGACAACCCUACAGGCGAGUCGGAGGAGCCAUUCCAACUACGCGACAUGACUUUGGAUAUCCGACGAGAUGAGCUUAUCGCGGUAAUCGGCACCGUUGGCUCUGGGAAGAGUUCUCUACUGUCCGCGUUGGCUGGUGACAUGCGUCUAACUGAUGGCGCUGUCCAUCUAAGCACGUCGCGUGCCUUCUGUCCCCAGUACACCUGGAUCCAAAAUGCGUCCCUUCGAAGUAAUAUCCUGUUCGGUCGAGACUAUGACAAGGAGUGGUACGACCAGGUUAUCGAGGCCUGCGCCUUGAAGCCCGACCUCGAAAUCCUCCCCAACGGUGACAUGACCGAGAUUGGAGAGCGCGGAAUCACUAUAUCUGGAGGCCAAAAGCAGCGGCUGAACAUCGCCCGCGCCAUCUACUUCAAUGCUGGGCUGGUCCUCCUCGACGAUCCACUGUCCGCCGUCGACGCCCAUGUUGGCCGCCAUAUCAUGGACAAGGCUAUCUGCGGCUUGCUCAAAGGGCAUUGCCGAGUUCUGGCCACGCAUCAACUCCACGUGCUCAGUCGCUGCGACCGCAUUGUCGUCAUGGACGAAGGACGCAUACAUUCCGUCGGGACAUUUGACGAGCUUUCUCGCGACAAUGAGGUUUUCAAAGCUCUCAUGUCGACGGCCUCGCAAGACACCAAAGAGGAUGCGGAAGAGGCCGCUGCAGAAAUAGAAGAAGACACCGAAAAGCAGAUCGAGCAGAAACCUGCAAAACCUGCGCCUGCCCUAAUGCAACAAGAAGAGAAAGCAACUGAUUCGGUAGGGUGGGCUGUGUGGAAAGCAUACAUCAAAUCCUCCGGCCGCUUCGGAUACUUGAACGCGGUUGCUAUCCUGUUCCUGCUGGCUCUAGCCAACGUCAUCAGCGUGUGGUCGAACCUGUGGCUCUCCUACUGGACAUCCGAUCACUAUUCAAGUCUCUCGACAGGGGAGUACAUUGGAAUUUACGCCGCUCUAGGCGCCGGAAGCGCCAUAUUUAUGUUCGCCUUUUCCACCUACAUGACUACGGCCGGAACGAACUCCAGCAGGACGAUGCUCCAGCGAGCAAUGACCCGAGUGCUGCGUGCACCCAUGUCCUUCUUCGAUACCACCCCCCUCGGCCGUAUCACGAAUCGCUUCUCCAGGGACGUCCAAGUCAUGGACAGCGAGCUCUGCGACGCGAUGCGCAUGUACGCCGUCACAAUCACAAUGAUCUUCUCCGUUAUGAUCCUAAUCAUCGUCUUCUACUACUACUUCGUCGUCGCCGUAGCGGUGCUAUUCGUCCUCUUCCUCGCGGCCAGUAACUACUACCGGGCCUCCGCGCGCGAGCUCAAGCGCCACGAAUCCCUCCUCCGCUCAGCCGUCUACGCCCGCUUCACCGAAUCCAUCACCGGCGCAGCCUCAAUCCGCGCAUACGGCGUCCAAGACCAAUUCCGAAACAGUCUUCGCUCCUCCAUCGACCUCAUGAACGGCGCCUACUUCCUCACCUUCGCGAACCAGCGCUGGCUCAGCACACGCCUCGACGCCCUCGCCGUCCUCCUCGUCUUCGUCACGGGCAUCCUCGUCGUGACAUCCCGCUUCAACGUCUCCCCCAGCAUCUCCGGUCUCGUACUCAGCUACAUCCUCACCAUCGCGCAGAUGCUCCAAUUCACCGUGCGCCAGCUCGCGGAGGUCGAAAAUAGCAUGAACGCCACCGAACGCCUCCACUACUACGGCACACAACUCGAAGAGGAAGCGCCCCUACACACAUCAACCCAAGUCCCACCAACCUGGCCCCAAACGGGGCAAAUCACCUUCUCCAACGUCGCAAUGCGCUACCGCGCAAACCUACCCCUCGUCCUCAAAAACCUCAGCAUGAACAUCACCGGCGGCGAACGCAUCGGGAUCGUCGGACGCACCGGCGCGGGGAAAUCAAGCAUCAUGUCCGCGCUGUUCCGCCUAACAGAGCUAUCCGCAGGAACGAUCACAAUCGACGACAUCGACAUCGCGAACAUCGGCCUCCAAGACCUCCGCUCCAAACUCGCGAUUAUCCCUCAAGACCCAGCGCUCUUCAGGGGGAGUAUCCGCUCGAACCUGGACCCGUUCAACGAACAUACCGAUCUCGAACUAUGGGAUGCUCUAAGGCAGGCGCAUCUCGUUGAUACGCCCUCAACGCCUACUUCGAAUUCACACUCAAACCCGGAUUCAGAUCCCGAAAUCAAAGAGAGUGAUGCUAAUACUGGUGCUGGGACUGGCACCGGUACCGGCACGAAACUUACCCUGGACACCGCGGUCGACGAAGAAGGGCUGACGUUCUCUCUUGGCCAGCGGCAGCUGAUGGCGCUCGCGCGUGCACUGGUGCGCGACGCAAGGAUAAUCAUCUGCGACGAGGCGACGUCGUCUGUUGACUUUGCGACGGACCAGCGGAUCCAGGAGACCAUGGCGCGGGGAUUUCAGGGGAAGACGCUCCUGUGUAUUGCGCACCGGCUGCGAACAAUUAUUCACUACGAUCGCAUCUGUGUUAUGGAUCAGGGGUCGAUUGCAGAGAUGGAUUCGCCGUUGCGGUUGUGGGAGAAGGAGGACGGGAUAUUUAGGGCUAUGUGUGACAGGAGUGGCAUUUCGAGGGAGGAUAUUUCGGGGUAA